AUGACUAAACGCGUGACUGAUCACGUGACAGUGCUCUACAAGACUGGUUACUGUGAUUUAGACGGGGAGUGGUACAAUGAUUGUAAUGACAAGAUAACCAUCGUGAAGACAUCAACCGGUCUUCUUCUUGGAGAUUAUAUGACCAAUGAAGAGAUCCUUUUUGGCUCCUCAGCGCCCACAGUUGUGGUGGGCUACGCUAACCAGAACAAGGACUUCCCUACCUUAGGGUUCACGGUAGGGAGGGGCAAUGGGUUAUCAACUACCAGCUGGUCCGGUCAGUGUCAUCUCUGUAACGGGGAAGAAGUCCUGUAUACGACCUGGACCAACACCCGCCAGGUCAACACGUGUUUCGAAAUCAAACGAUCGACGCGGUUGGGACAAGACAAAUGGACUCGAUACCGUCAAGACAUAGCACCACGAAGAGAUAGCUAGA